AUGGCAGCGCAGCGGCUGGGCAAGCGGGUGCUGAGCAAGCUGCAGGCUCCGCGGGCCCGCGGGCCGGGGGGCAGCCCCGGGGGGCUGCAGAAACGGCACGCGCGUGUCACCGUCAAGUACGCGCGCGAGCUGCAGCGGCGGCUGGACGUGGAGAAGUGGAUCGACGGGCGCUUGGAGGAGCUGUACCGCGGCAGGGAGGCAGCCAUGCCCGACGAGGUCAACAUUGAUGAGCUGUUGGAAUUGGAGAGCGAGGAGGAGAGAAGCCGGAAAAUCCAGGGACUCCUGAAGUCCUGCACGAACCCCACAGAGGACUUCGUCCAGGAGCUGCUGGCCAAGCUGCGGGGUCUCCACAAGCAGCCGGGCCUCCGCCAGCCCAGCCCCUCGGACGACAGCAGCCGGAGCCCCCAGCAGGACCCGGCCCGGACCGCGCCCCCCUGACCCCAGCACCCGCCGCUGCGGCCCCCUCCCCCUCGGUGCUCCCGCACCCCGGCUUGUUUCCGAGUUGUACUUAAUGGUUCUGCAACAAU